AUGACAGCAAAGGUGAAAGGUUUCUGCGACGACAAGUUCGCCUCUGUUCAGGUCCUACUACAAGAAUACCUCGACAAUGGUGAAGAGCACGGGGCAUCUAUUGCCGUGAACAUAGGCGGAAAAGAUGUUGUGGAUAUUUGGGGUGGCUUCACCCAGAAGGAGGGCAACGCUCCAUGGAAACAACACACCAUUGUCAAUGUGUUUUCAUCGAGCAAGACCGUUAUCAGCCUUGCUGCGCUCAUGCUCAUUGACCGAGGCAUCAUCUCGCCGUUCGCCAAGGUCUCUGAAUAUUGGCCCGAGUUUGGGACUAAUGGAAAAGAAAAUAUCGAAGUCCGCCACAUCUUGUCUCACACAUCCGGAGUCUCUGGUUGGGACGCUGCGAUGACUAUGGAAGACGUCUACGACAUACCCAAAGCCACUGCCUUGCUUGCCGAGCAACAACCGUGGUGGGAGCCCGGAACAGCUUUCGGUUACCAAGCGAUCACCAUGGGCCACUUGAUAGGAGAGAUUGUUCUUCGCACGACUGGCAAGUCCCUCGGAACGUUCAUCAGAGACGAGAUCGCAAUACCUCUGAAGGCAGAUUUCCAGCUUGGUGCUCUAGAGAUGGAUUGGCAUCGAGUUGCAGAGAUUAUUCCGCCGCCCACUGACGCGCCUCCAAUUUCUGACGUCGGCUCGUUCGGGAAGAAAGCUACGACGAACCCUCCGAUUCAAGCACAAAUUGCCAACACACCGGGUUGGAGAUUAGCCGAGCUUGGUGCGUCCAAUGGUCACGCAACCGCGAAAGGUCUGGCGCGCAUUCUAUCCGUUGUCUCCCUUGGUGGGGAGGUGGACGGGGUGCGACUACUAUCACCCAAGACCAUUGAUCUCAUAUUCCGAGAGCAGAUACUGGGAAGAGACCUAGUUUUCGGCGAUCAGACCAGUUUUGGCAUGGGAUUUGCCCUCACAGCAAGGGGCACAAUAGCGGACUGGCUCCCGGAAGGCCGCGUGUGUUUCUGGGGCGGGUGGGGUGGCUCGAUCGUGAUAGCGGACCAAACAAGGGGAGUGACCAUUGCCUACACGAUGAAUAAAAUGGAGAAUGCUGGUCUUGCCAACUAUCGAACAAAGAAGUACGUGGAGGCAGUUUAUGACGCCAUCAACGCAUCAGGACCUUAA